AUGGCCAGGAUCUUGACCAGACUGACACUUCUCGCCGUCCCACUUGUUUUUCUCGUGUUGAUCGCCAUCGCGGGCUACGCGUAUACCCAGAUCCGUUUUCUGAACCUUCCCAUCCCACUGUCUCUUGCGCUCUUUACAGUCGUCUUACCCUUCAUUACCGGGAUAACGGUUCAAGGCUCCUACGGUCUGAUCCGUCGAACCUCAGAUACCGGGCCGUAUCAGCUCACCAUGCCCCUUAUUGCGGUCAUUGGAUUCCAGUUGAUCUACGAGACUGUUGUUGCUACCCUCGCCUUGACGCAUAUUUUGCCGCCAUCUGCGCUGCAGUGCGGCUUGGAGAGCAGGUGGUAUCAACUUUACAACGCGAAAGAUGGGGCUGCUAUCAGAGCAAUCCAGGAUGCCUUCAAUUGUUGCGGAUUCAAUUCGGUCCGUGACAAGUCGUGGCCGUUUGGGCAGCCUUCUACCUGUGCGGCCACCUUCAAUCGAAACCAGCCAUGUGUGGGUUCUUGGAGGAGAGCAGAACAAAUCAAUGCUGGAUUGCUGCUACUCGUGGCCGUAACUGUGUUCAUCGUCAAAGUCCUCUCCAUCAUCUCACUCCUCACAAGCACGUCCUUCACGCAGUGGGCCCGUCAAAUCAAGCGAAUUGGCCACCAUUCCGAGGACGCGGAGGAUAACAGAGCGCACAUGCGCAGGUUGAUCGAAGAGAAUGCUGAGGAGUACCACGAUGAGCCAGUCGAAGAAGAGCCAGCAACUCGUGCCCUUGACGCUCCCAGCGGUGCCCACGACCAAGGCCCCCGAGUCGAACCUUCCCAAUUGACUGACAGCGGUCAUGAGUUUGGACGAUAUUCAGCCAGAGCUACAAUGAUGGAGGCACUCGCAGAAGCGGAGGGUGUCUGCACGAGUGGCGAACGCUCUGGAGAAGUGACAAGAGCAAGAGUCGCUUGCUGGAUGUAG